AGUGAGAAUCUUCUGCUUUCUCUUGGACAUCUUGGGUUUGUCAUCUUUCUGCAAAAUGGAACGAACGUAUUAAGGUGAAUCCAAUGAAGGCCAAGACAUUUCAACAGGAUCGACAAUGAUUAGCUAUGAUUCCCCGUUUGUUACGUCUUUUCUUGCACUAUACUUAACCUCGAUUUUCCAACUGAUUCACGACAUAGGAACCGUAAUAAUUGCAAAUCUUUGACAUGAACAGGAAAGACGCGCGUUUUCAGCAAAAUUCUCGCGGCAUGAAUGAACAAGCUGAACUGGGUUCUUACCGGUAUCACCCCUAUCCUGAAUUCGCCGAAUUUUCCUCUGAACAGGUGUAUCUUCUGAAGGACAUCUUCGACGACGCAGAUUACAACAAAGAUGGCCGAAUCGAUGUCACCGACCUAUCCUACAUAUUCGAGAAGUGGGGAUUCCCCAUAGAGCUAAAGCAUUCCGCAGAACUUAUUCGCAGGACGGAAAUGAACGGAGGCAAUACACUAAUCUUCUCCGAUUUUAUGACUCUCUGGAGAAACAUACAUGAAGGCGACGUGCCUGCAUCCAUGCGCAAUCAGCUGCUGAGAACAGUUGAAGUAUUGGGAAUUAGACCUAAUGGAGAGCAAUCGACUAAACUCAGAUUCGCCGGAGCAAAAGGCUUUUUCGAGCAAAACACGCGAAUGCCAAUUCACCAACAGCAGAGUCCGGAGAAAGAAGAAACAUUAAAAGCCAGAUUUUGCGCCAACACAACUCGUGGACGCAACAGCGGAGAAAAAGAUCCGCGAUGGAACGAGUACUACGGAUGAUUCCUUUUUUCUCUUUGGAAUUGAAAUUGUAACGAAAAUUGUCAUCGGAUUUAUUCCCCGAAGCACUGUAGUAAGGAUUUAAUCAUGCGUGGUUUCAUUCGCGAUCUCACAAAACGCUCUUUUCACGUGUUUAAACUUCCUAUUGAACUUGAUUACAGUGGAGUACUCCCUUCCAUCACUUUUCCUGCCUAGAGUUCUUACGAGCGUCCGCUUUACCGGAGAAUCAACUUCUAGAUGAAUAUUUCAUUUCCUCGACGAGGUUUUUCUUCUCAUUUUCCUGCUUUAAGAAAUUCUUCAAAUUUUUGACACGUUCAAAAUACGAGAAAAUGAAUUCCCCUUGUUGAUGCAAUUUCUUAUAAUUCCUGAGCUUGACACGUUAGCGAAAGACCAGAUUUAAUCAUCGACGCACUCAAGAUCUUUCUCGACACGUACUGCAAAGAAACCACUCCAAAAAUGAAA